GGACAAAGAGGGGAAAAAGAACAAAAAUAAAUAAAAUAAAAAUGAAAUAGCACUCUUUUAGAGUAAGGAUUGUCAUUUAAAAAACUUAAAGUAUACUGCCUCACUUUUAGAAUGAACUAAGUUUACUUGUAGUACAUUACACUUCAAUAGUUUACCUUUUCUUAAGGGUAUGCAUGAGUAAAGUUAAUGUGAGAGAUGAAAGUCAUAUAAGAGCCCAGAGUUGCGCUGUGUAACCAAGGCAACCACCUUUUCUUUGCUACCAAACGGGAACAGCAGCUGGUCGUCUAUGACAUGAGUUCCUACAUUAGCAAAGCAGAGCUAUGACCGUUAGCAGUGCAGUGUUUCACAGACAGAAUCAUGCUUUAAAGCUAACAGGAAGUUUGAAACUGAGGUUAUCUCUGAAGUUUGAGGAUGUAUGAAAACAUACAGUUGAUGUGGAUCGCAGGUAUAUUUGAGAGUUAUUUGUAACGUUUGAUCCCAGUGAACCCUUGUGUUUUCUCAUUGGGGUCCAGAUGACCCCACCCUUACAAUGAUGUGUGACCCCUCCCAUGACAGAGGUGGGGAGGAUUUUAUCUUUGCCACAGAUACCAGAGAAGAUAAAAAAAUAAUUGAAUAAGAGUUCAGCGUGCUGUCUUGAGGGUCCAGAUGACCCAGUUUAAUGUAAUCGUACUGAGGAUAAAGCAAAGUUACACGACUCAGGUGGGAAAGUAAAAGGGCUGCAUGAAGGCCAGUCUUUAAAUCACUGCAGCCCACAACCACAUGCUGGCGUGCCAGGUCACGCCACUUGACGCCAGGUCACGCCACGCCACUUCACACGCCACGGCACAUGCCGCCCUGGUUGCUUUUUAGCUUUUUGUGAUCAUGUAAUAGAAUAUUAUGUAAAAUGAUUCACUAUCUGUAAAUUAGAAAGUAGUUACAGUGAAGGUACAACUUCCUCAUAUGUUUAUAGGUUAAGUGUUGGUAGAUUUUUUGAUGAAAUUACAUUGUAUUUAUUUAUUAAAUGAAUAACAUUCCGACAAAGUCACCCCAAUGAUAUGAAAGUCUGGACCAUCAGAAGUCACAGGUUCCUGCUGCUUCUUUUUGGUCAGGUAACUGUCAGCUUGCGAAUAGAUUCUAACCGGAACCAGGCCUUUUUUCUUCGAAGGGUUUUUUUUUUUGCUUCCUUACUCUGAAGCAGAAGAGGAAGCGAUGCAACCCUCCCGGCUGAGACCUGACAGUUCCUCAUUUCAGCACAUCGGCUGCUGUGCUGCUGGAAAUGUCUCCACUGAUCAUCUAGAGUCCAUGCCGAGAAGAAACGCCACGUUGGAGUAGAAACUGAAUCAAGAGUCACAGCUUUUAGUCAUGGAGGAGGGUACAAAAAAGGACCCAGCCCAACAUAAAGAGAAACCACCGCUGGGGAAGGCCGGCUGGGUAAAGAAGGCUCAUGGCAGACUUUUGACCAGCUAUAAAGAACGAUAUAUUGUUUUGGAGAAGACGGAAAUUGGGGUUUAUGAAAACGAGGACCUGCAGAACUGCUUGGAAAGGUUUGACCUGGAGAACUAUGAAAAGUGUCAUGAACUGAAGAGCCCGUUCAAAAAGAAGCACAGACUUAUUCUUAUAAGAUCUUCAAAGAGUGGAAAUAAGGUCCACGAUGUAAAGCUCCAGGCUCAGUCUGUAGAAGAAAAGGAGGCUUGGAUCAAGACCCUCAGCGAAGGAAUCGAUCGUGCAAAAAACAAAGCCUUCGACGAGGUGAAAGUUGAAAGUAAUAAUUUAGAGCAUGUUACACGAACAAGGCCUAAAGGGAACCGGAACAGGAGGCCACCAACCAGGAUCCACAUGAAAGAGGUGGCCAUUGUGUCUUCUGACGGUCUCCUGCGGUUAGAUCUUGACCUUGAGGAUGCCGUCAUGCCAAAUGAGACCCAUCAAAGCUGCGCUGGUUGGACAACGACUUUAAAAGAAGAAGAGGAGAAGGGUGAGCUAGAGGCCUGUAUUCAAAAGACGGCAACAGAACCUUCCAUUCUUCCUACCAAAGCAGACGAAGCUACUUCUGCAGAAGAUGAAAAUCCAGACAAAAAGGUCCAGUCUCUGCCAAACGAGGCCACACCUGAUGGAAAAGCUGUAGAUGAUCAGAUACCUGCUGUUAAGAACAACCCACCAGCCCCCCCAAACAAACCCAGUGAUUCCCUGAGGAACCUUGUAGUCACAUUACAGUCUCCACGUAUUUCUGUCCUUCCUUCACCUUCUCUCACAAAGGAAAAGCUCUCCCUGCAGACUGGGGAACCUGGGCAUGAGGUGGACGACGCUUCCACAGCAGAGCAGGACCAAGAGAAGGAUCCUGAAACAGAAACAGACGAGGAAGACCAGCUGGCUUCUGUCAAAGAAGAGGAAAAGGAUGGUUUAUGUGAGAUCCAAGACUCUACAGAGUCUCUAAGCAAGAGCAUCAGUCCUCUUCUACCGUGCAAACAAAACCAUGAGAAAUCUGUUCAGCAGAAAAAGCCCCAAUCCACUCCCCCUAAUAAGACUCCUACUAGUUCUGCCUCUGAUCCCCCAAAAAGGCCUCCACAAGCCCCAAAGCCUCUGCAGCGCAAGCUCCCAUCAGAUGUCCUCCCUUCAGCGGAGCCACCGUCCAAUGGCCUCAGCCAGAGCCCACGCCUCUGGAAGAAAAAGACUGGAGAAGAAAAGUCUGUAGAAAGCACCCGGCGCAGGAGCAAGGACUUUUCUGAGAGUAAAGACACACUUUCAGCUUCACCUUCUUUGAAGGCUAGAUCAGCGUCUUUUGAAAACAUGCUUUCAGAUUCCUUCAUCUGUUCUCAGCUCAUACAUUCUAACGCAGAUGAGUGUGCAGCGACUCCUGGUGAUGAGUUCACAGACCUCCAGGCUAAAGUUGCUUUUGAGAUGGAAAACACAAGAAAGCUUCUCAGCAAGGCAAAGGAAGGGAGUUGUGAGGAGGGCUCAGCAGAGGAGCUGCUGGCUCAGGCCAUGGAGAAACUGAGGAAAGCCGACCAUGUUCUCAGAGAGCUCAACAAGCAGAAAGUUCAGAACAGGACGAGCAACAGAUUGAGCUGGUGAAGAUCACUGACAAACGGUUCCUGAUUUCAGGCAGAUUGGAAACUUUCAACCAGCCGCUCAAACUGUAGAUGUUUGUGGAUCAAAUUCAGUCAGGUGGAAGAUUUAUGAGAUAGACCUGGUUAGCAAAGAUUCUUUGU